CUGGCGCCUCAUAAGACAACAAUCUCGACAAUUAUAACAAGAGCAUGUCGCAUCCAAAUACAACGCGUCGCAAGCAUGUGCUCAAGGAGAUGAUGGAGGAUGACUAUUCGCUGCCCACGGAGCGGCAGCAGAUCGUGUGUGUGGUCAGCAGUCGCGGCAACAAUCUGCACGAGGUCGUGCCAGCGGGACUGGCGUCUGAUAACUUUCUGGUAUCCAUGCCCAAUAAGUUCCGCAAGAAUGUGUGGGUUAAGCGGGGCGACUACGUACUGGUCGAGCCCAUUGCCGAGGGCGACAAAGUCAAGGCGGAAAUCUGCAAAAUACUAACGCCCGAGCACGUCAAGGAAUACACAAAGGCGGGCAUUUGGCCGCAGCGUUUUGCCAAAAAGUCGGCACAGGCGUCGCAAAGUCCAGAUAACGCUGCUGCCGAGCAUUCAGAUUCCGAUACAGACGAUUCCCUGCCGCCCAACACAAAUCGACCUGUCAAUGUACAAAACGUUGAGGACGAGGAGACGGAUACCGAGGAGAGCAGCGCUGAAGACUGAGAUUGCAGUGCAUUUGUGAUUGUGCAUUACAAAAGGUUUAGCUAUGUAUAUUUUGUAACGAAUUGUUUUUCCUCGCCAAUUGUUUUAACAGAAAAUUGUGUGUGUGCUUAUGACAUACAUAAACCCAAAAAAAACUACA